CGACGGACAGAGACGUAAGCGCGAAGCUGCCGCCAGUAGUCAUGUUCCUUCGCGCAUAAUUACCACCUUCGAUCUCGAGCACGCGACCGCGCAGCCUCCAACCUCUCUCUCCCUCCCUCUCUCCCCGGACAUCACUCAACCACCUUUAGACAAGAAACUAGCGAGGAAGAAGACAUAUCCAGCCUCGUCCCAUAAAUCGUCAAGAUGUGUGGCAUUCUCGCUGUCAUUCUAGCCUCACAAUCCGCAGAUGCUGCGCCAGAAAUCCAUCAGGCCCUGUACUACCUCCAACACCGAGGCCAAGAUGCUUGCGGAAUCGCGACUUGCUCUAAGGGCGGCAAAAUCUUCCAAUGCAAAGGCAACGGCUUGGCCUCGAAAGUCUUCCAGGAAGGCAGGAGAGUCGCAGACUUGCCAGGCUACAUGGGCUUGGGCCAUUUGAGAUAUCCGACCGCGGGCAGCAGCGCCAACGCCGAAGCUCAGCCAUUUUACGUCAAUUCGCCAUACGGCAUAUGCUUCACCCACAACGGCAACCUGAUCAAUGCUCCAGAAUUGAAGGAAUACUUGGACAAGGAGGCGCAUCGACACAUCAAUACCGAGUCCGACAGCGAACUCAUGCUGAACAUCUUCGCCGACGAAUUGAACGAAACCGGAAAAGCCCGCAUCAACUCCGCCGACUGCUUCCGCGCACUCGAGCGCAUGUACAAGAGGUGUAAGGGUGGCUGGGCUUGUACAGCCAUGCUUGCUGGCUUUGGCUUGAUCGGCUUCCGUGAUCCAUACGGCAUUCGCCCAAUGGUGCUUGGCGAGAGGGAGUCUCUUGAUGUUGAAGGCGGCAAGGAUUACAUGAUGGCAUCUGAGUCUGUCGCUCUCAGUCAAAACGGAUACGGGAAGUUCAAGGAUAUCCUGCCAGGUCAGGCCGUCAUCAUCGAGAAAGGCAAGGCACCACAAUUCCACCAAGUCAGCAAACAGAUGGACUACGCACCCGACAUCUUCGAAUAUGUUUACUUCGCACGUCCGGAAAGUGUUAUCGACAAUAUCUCUGUCUACCGCGCGCGCCAGCUUAUGGGCUACAGCCUCGCUGAAACGAUCAAGAAGCAAUUGGGCCUGGAGCAAUUGAAGGAGAUUGAUGCAGUCAUUCCUAUCCCAGAGACUUCACUCGUGUCUGCAUAUGCUGUGAGCAAGCAUCUCAAGAUUCCAUACUGCCAAGGCUUCGUCAAGAAUCGCUAUAUCUUCCGGACGUUCAUUAUGCCUUCACAAAAGGCACGACAGCGGGGCGUACGUGCGAAGCUCAACGCUAUACCACUGGAAUUUGAAGGCAAGAACGUGCUGCUCGUCGACGACAGUAUCGUUCGUGGCACCACUUCUCGAGAAAUCGUCAUCAUGGCGAGAGAAGCUGGCGCAAAGAAGGUCUUUUUCAGUAGCUGUGCGCCGCCUAUCACGCACGCGCAUAUUUACGGGAUUGACCUGGCGAGUCAGGAUGAGCUCGUGGCUCAUCAGAGAACAACCGACGACAUCUCCAAACACAUCGGCGCAGACGGUGUCGUCUAUCAAGACAUACACGACCUGCAAGCGGCUUGCGCAAAGGAUAGUCCGCGUCCUGACCAGAAGUUCGAGAUCGGAGUCUUCUGCGGCAAGUACGUAACGCCAGUCGAUGAUGGCUAUUUCGAGCAUCUUAACCGCAUCCGCGGCGAGACGAAGAAAAUGAAGGUCAUGGAGAAAGCCAUGCAGAACGUGUCUCUCGGGACUGCCAGCCAGAAGGAUCUGAAGAUGGCAGUCAAUGGCGUGGAGGUGACUGAUGCAGGCGAAGUCGUUGCCCGGGAUUCUGGCUCUGAUGGCGAAGGACGUGUGCCAAAGCGAGAGCGAGUCGAUCGGUUGUCUCGCGGCAACAGCUUCUCACGACCGACCAUGAAUGGGGAUGGCGAGAAGCGGGACUCUCAGGACGUUGCUCUCCAUAACAUCAAUGAUCACGACGGCCAGGCAUGAUUGAACGCAAUGACCUCUUACGCAGGCAUGAAAACUUGGGCGGCGUUUCCGGGGAACUGGGUGCUACGGCUUAGAAGGCGUCGCAAGACAGGUAACGGAGGAUAUUUGGUUUGCUGCUGGCAAGAAGUUGCCCUUCUGCUUCAUGACUUCGAUCAGCGCCUUUGAGGCCGCAGCCAGAUUGUUGUUGAGACCUCAAAAAGAUGAAGUGCAACACGAUCACGUCUUUGCCGAAAUCACAUGUGUGCUUCCUUCGGAGAUCAGGCGAGAUUGGGCGCAUUGUCCGACGCUGCACCAAUCGCGCUGCCGAAAUGCGAAACAGCACCCUGGUCGCUUGACACUUGGUGUGUUAAUUGACAUUGUUUAUAUGGCUUCAGGAAAUACUUUGCAUUGCG